GGGACCCUGGAGGUCUUCUAGUCCAACCCUCUGCUCAAGCAGGAGAACCUACACCAUCUCAGACAGGUGACUGUCCAGCCUCUUCUUAAAAAUCUCCAGUGACGGAGCGCCCACAUACAUCCAGAAGAGGUGAUAUGUCAUUAAUGACACAGGAAAGCAAGGGGUCAAAAGAAUGAAAGGCAUGAAUGACACAUGAGAACUGAACGGCAGACAGUAUGGCUUCAAGAUCAUGUUCCACAAAUGGCAAUUACAGGAACAGAGUCGUAAGGGACCUUUGGAGGUCUUCUAGCCCAACCCACUGCUCAAACAGGAAACCCUGUGGCAUUUCGGACAAACAGCACUGAAAAAAAAGGGACCUGUGACCGUUUUUCACCCUUACGACCGUUGCAGCAUCCCCAUAGUCACGUGACUCACAUCUGGAUGCCUGACUCAUAUUUAUGACGGUCGCAGUAUCCCAGAGUCACCUGAUUCCCCCUUUUGUGACUCUUCUGAAGAGCAAAGUCAAUUGGGGAAGCCCAGAUUCGCUUAACAACCGUGUUAUUAGUUUAACAACUGCAGGGACUCACUUAACAACCGAUGCAAGAAACGUCAACAAAUUUUCCCCCUUAGCAACGUAAACUUUGGGCUCCGUUGCAGUCCUAAAAUUGAGGACUGCCUGUAUUUUUCUGAGCGCUGGAUUUUUUUAAAUUUGAAAUUGUUUCUGGGAGUUUCCCAAACUUCACCCAGGUGCCAAAAUAUUUCCACCUUUCUGCUCACUAAAAGAAAAAUAGAUUUUCCCGUCCUCUGAGAAAAGAAUGCGGCAUGUCAGGAUUUGAAACCUUGUCCAAGCUGGGGGAAAAAAAUAUUGACAAGAUUUAUUUUAUUUCCAGGUUGAUUUUGCGCACGAUGAGCAGUUUCUUCUUGAUGCACGAGCUGCAUUUCUCUCCCCAUCCGAAUCUGACCCAAUAUUUCAUCCCUCUGACCGAUGCGGAUUUUCAAGACCGCUUGGAGCAGCACCGGAGGGAGACGGCCAUCAUGCUCCGGUCUUCGGAAUUCAACCAGGACAAGACGGCGCUGAUCGUCACCAACAGCCCGUUUCCUCUGCUGGUCUCCGGCACGCACCUGGCCACCCCUUUCCAAUACUUCCCCAAAGACUGGUUGAGGAGGCCUUUCCUGCAGAGCUUCCGGGAUCAAACACCUCGUGGCUUGCCCCCGGUGGGGGGCUCAUCCAAGGAAGGCCCUGGGAUGGAAAUCAAAAAGCUGAAAAUUCCUGACCAGCUCAGCAGGUUUACCAACAAGAAGGAUUUCAAAGGCGAAGCCCAUUUUUCCAAAAAUUACGCCGAGAGGCGUUUGCAAAGGUUGUAUCCCCAGUUACACCUUCAUUCCAGAUUAGAUGACUGGAAAAAGCAGCCCCUUCCCCGGAUUCAGGGGUGGCCUGCCGCCAAGAUUCAGUGGGAGCCCCUGACCCUUUCCUGCCUGACCGAAGUGAAGCCCACCUUUCUUGUCCCCGGAGAAAACGGCUUUAGACACGGAAAAGCUCCUCUCUGGAUUGUAAAUAACUCAGUGGUAUUAAAUUCCACCCAAUAAAAAUCUCAGCUGGCUGACUGUAUUCUGAUGGGUUUGGUUACUCUGUGAUGUGGAGGCUUCAGUUCCUACCAAUGAUGUGGACCUCUGAGGACGGGUGUGGAAUGAUGGCCUCUUUAUGACUUGUGGACUUCGACUCCCAG